AUGCGGAGAAUACGGGAUCCGAGUUACUGGUGGAUUGUAUCCCUAAUGAUUUUAUCCUUGCCUAAAUGCAAAGACUGCCAUCCUGUUGCAGCAGGAGGCCAGGAGAGUCGUGCUACAGACCAACACUAUCAGCAUGUAUGGAGGGAGAGGAGAUCGACCAGCGACCCCUACUGGUCAUAUUCAGGGAGCCACGGGCCUCGGGGCUGGGCGGCCUUAUACCCUGAAUGUGCUGCAAAGAACCAAUCCCCGGUGGACAUUGCAGACGAGCUGGCUCUGAGCUCGGAUGAGUACCAGGAACUGAUGCUGGACAACUUCAACAGAGAGUCCUCCAACCAGACCACCAUGAAGAACACUGGCAAAACAGUGGCCAUCUACCUGAAGGACGAGUACUUUGUAUUUGGAGCGGGGCUGCCCGGUCGUUUCAAAGCCGAGAAAAUGGAGUUUCAUUGGGGACAAGCGGACGGAUCAGCCGGCUCUGAACACAGCAUCAACAGCAGAACAUUUCCAGUGGAGAUGCAGAUCUACCUGUACAAUUCAGAUGACUUCGACAGCCUCAGUGCCGCCAUCAAGGAGCGGCGCAUAAUAGCGGCUAUGGCCGUUUUCUUUGAGCUGGGGCAGAAAGACAAUCCAGCUGUGGAGCCUAUCAUCCAGGGGCUGAAGGGAGUCGUCCAUCAUGAAAAAGAGACCAACCUGAGGUCUUUCAUCCUGAGGGACCUGCUCCCAUCAUCAGUGGACAGUUACUAUCGAUACACUGGAUCCCUGACCACUCCUCCGUGCAGCAAAGUGGUGGAGUGGAUCAUCUUCUCCAAGCCCGUCUAUGUAUCGCAGUCACAGCUGGAGUCCUUUUAUUCCAUAUUUACCACGGAGCAGCAAGACCACGUGAAGUCCGUGGAGUAUCUAAGAAACAACUUCCGACCACAGCAGGAUCUGAGCGGCAGAAAGGUUUUUAAGUCUGCGGUGAAAGACGCAUGGCAGAAGGACCUGACUGAGAUUCAAGGAAACCCACAAAGCACAGAGGCCUCGAAAGUCUGUAGCAGUGCUCCGGUGAACAUAAAGAUCCAGCCUCUGAACAGGACCGCGCUGGUGGUCAGCUGGGAGCGCCCUCUCACCAUUUACCACCCUCCAAUCACCAGCUACAUGGUCUCGUACAGCUGGGAGCGAGACGUGGCCGACGAGAAGACCUUCACAGAGACCGGCGAUCAGAUCAUGCAAGCGGUUAUCACUAACGUGUCGCCUGACAUCCUGUACCUGUUCCGAGUUCAGGCCGUGUGUCACCACGACCUGCGCAGUGACUUCAGCCAGACGCUGCUUUUCAGAGACAACACCACACGGAUCUUUGAAGGCUCGCGCAUUGUGAAGACCGGAAUGGUGAGUGACGAGGAGAGCAGAUCCCAGCCCACUCUGUCUCCAGCCUCUUCUGCAGACAUGGCGCCGAUAAGUUCAGGCUCCUCCACGUGGACCUCCUCUGGCAUCCAUUUCUCUAUAGUUUCCAUGGCGACGGGGAUGGGCCCCUCCUCCAGCGGCUCUCAGGCCACAGUGGCUUCGGUCGUGACCAGCACCCUCCUGGCAGGGCUGGGCGUUGGCGGCGGGGUCAUCUCCUCUCUGCCGAGUUCAGCCUGGCCCACCCGCGCACCCCGGCCCACCCAGACCCCCAGCGCCUCCACCACACAACCCACAGCCUUGGCCAACGCCGAGCAGGGGCCGACUCCCACGGGUCCAGAGACUGAUGCCCCCCCGGAGGAGCGGCAGAAAGAGGGCGAGCGAGAGGACGACGAGGAGGGAGAGAAAGAGGGUGAGCAGGAGGAUGAUGAGGAAGAGGAGAAGAAGAAAAAGCCCAAACAAGCUCCCACCAAUGAGGAGAGGCAAGAUAACGGCACUGUGAUCCAGGAGCCAGCCACGCCCACACCAGCACCCACCGCCAAGCAGAAAGGAUGGGGUCCCACCACGGGCCAUUCUACGACAGUACAGGACAGCACUGGGAGCCUGGAGCUGGUGCCUGUGGACGCUCAGACAGAGUCCAGCCUGGAGGCGCACAGUGACAGUGGGGAAAUGCAAAUCCCGCAGAGCUCUACUGUUGCCCCAAAGAUCAAUAACAACUGGCCGCCUUUUUCAGUCCACACGGACGGAACAAGUUUGGCAAAUGUGACCCGGAUCCCUCAGCCUGGAAUGGCCCGGAUGGUGUGGAUAGUGCCCCUAGUGGUGGUUUCUGCACUUACACUACUCUGCCUCAUCAUGCUGCUUAUUGUGAUGAUCUAUUGGAGGAGGUUUUUCCAGACCGCUCACUUUUAUGUAGAGGAGAGCAGCUCCCCGCGGGUGGUGGCCAAUGAGAACAUACCGAUCAUCCCGAUCCCAGAUGACAUGGAGGCGGUCCCUGUGAAGCUCUUUGUUAAACAUGUGAUGGAGUUGUACAAGAACAAUCUGCAGGGCUUCUCCGAGGAGUUUGAGGAGGUCCAGCGCUGCACAGCCGACCUGAAAAUCACAGCGGAGCACUCCAAUCAUCCCGACAACAAGCACAAAAACAGAUAUAUCAACAUAGUAGCUUAUGACCACAGCAGAGUGAAGCUGCGAGCUCUGGCUGGAAAAGAUGCCAAACAUUCCGAUUAUAUUAAUGCCAACUAUGUGGAUGGCUACAACCAGCCCAGAGCUUACAUUGCAGCUCAAGGCCCUCUCAAGUCGACCUUUGAAGACUUUUGGAGAAUGGUUUGGGAGCAGAACACUUGCAUUAUUGUCAUGAUCACUAACCUGGUGGAGAAAGGGCGCCGGAAAUGUGAUCAGUACUGGCCAACAGAGAACAGCGAGCAGUAUGGGAACAUUGUGGUAACCCUCAAGAGCACUAAAGUCCACGCCUGCUACACACUGAGGAGUUUCCUUAUAAGGAACACAAAAGUAAAAAAGGGUCAGAAGGGGAACCCAAAAGGCCGUCAGAACGAGCGGACCGUGGUGCAGUAUCACUACACGCAGUGGCCUGAUAUGGGGGUCCCUGAGUACACCCUCCCAGUCCUCACCUUCAUCCAGCGCUCGUCUUGGGCUCGCUCCACAGACAUGGGCCCCGUCCUGGUGCACUGCAGUGCAGGGGUGGGCCGCACCGGAACAUACAUUGUCAUUGACAGCAUGCUGCAACAGAUCAAGGACAAAAGCACAGUGAGCGUCCUGGAUUUCCUAAAACACAUCCGCACACAACGCAACUACCUGGUCCAAACUGAGGAGCAGUAUGUGUUCAUCCACGAUGCUCUGAUGGAGGGCAUUCUGUGCAGCGAGACUGAGGUGCCUGCCUGUCAGCUCCACACUUACGUCAACAGUAUCCUCACACCCAACUCAUCCGGCCGCACUCGACUGGAGAAACAGUUCAGGCUGCUGUCUCAGGCUAACAUGCGCUUCGUGGAGUGCUUCAGCGCACACAAAGACUGUAACAAGGAGAAGAACCGCAACUCCUCCGUGGUUCCCUCGGAGCGAGCCAGGGUCGGACUCACCACUCUGCCCGGGAUGAAGGGAACCGAUUACAUUAACGCCUCCUACAUAAUGGGAUACUACCGCAGUAAUGAGUUCAUAAUUACCCAGCAUCCUUUGCCCCACACCACUACAGACUUUUGGAGAAUGAUUUGGGACCAUAAUGCUCAGAUUAUUGUAAUGCUGCCUGACAACCAAGGCCUGGCAGAGGAUGAGUUUGUGUACUGGCCCAGUCGAGAGGAGGCCAUGAACUGUAUCGCCUUCACCGUUACUCUGAUCAGCAAAGACCGACUGUGUUUGUCCAACGAGGAGCAGAUCAUCAUCCACGACUUCAUCCUGGAGGCCACACAGGACGAUUAUGUGCUGGAGGUCAGACAUUUUCAGUGCCCCAAAUGGCCCAACCCCGACGCCCCUCUGAGCAGCACCUUCGAGCUCAUCAGUGUCAUCAAAGAGGAGGCCAUGACACGCGACGGGCCCACCAUCGUGCACGACGAGUGUGGGGCUGUGUCUGCAGGGAUGCUGUGUGCGCUAACCACUCUGUCGCAGCAGCUGGAGAACGAGGGAGUGGUGGACGUCUAUCAGGUCGCAAAGAUGAUCAACCUCAUGAGGCCGGGCGUAUUCACUGAUAUAGAGCAGUACCAGUACCUUUACAAAGCCAUGUUGAGCCUGGUGAGCAGCCGGGAGAGCGGCCUGAGUGCACUGUACAUGGACACUAACGGACUGGUGGUGAUGGCAGACGAGUCAGACCCCGCCGAGAGCAUGGAGUCCCUGGUCUGA